UGAGCAUUUUACAUAGCACAAAGUGGAAUGAAAGUCGCAUUCAAUAAAACGCCAGAUGACGUUUAUAAAACAUUAAAUAAUUAAUUAUGUUAUUCAUUUAACUUUCCUGCAUAAUUUUUUAGAUAAAAAAUAAGAAUUAAAUUAGCGGCAUUGUCAUUGACUGCCCCUGUUUAUUUUACGGCAUCAGACCCGUUUCCGAUCUACAUAGUAACCACAACGCGCAAUUUCCCGAACUGACAGACGACAGAACAUGGGACGCACAAAGGGAGGCUUUGCCACCCGUAAACGAAAAUUAUUGUAUAAAAGACAGUCAGAAGCCCAGAAGCAGAGAUGGGCACAUGGUCAUAAGGACCAUGUGUAUUCAAAAACCGAUGAAGGGUGCGACACUCUCAGUUUUGAAGUUGUGGAUCAUGAAGAGAUUGUACCAGCUACAUGCAAAACCACUACAUGGACAGAGGGUCGGAGAAUUGUUGAGCUUGGUGUCUUGGCAGAGGGAUUACGAGCCUGCCAGAAGUGUGGUCUCCCUCUUCAGUUAGCUCAUGCAACCACAAUUCAAACAUAUGGUCUCUCUGCCAUUUUAAAGGUAUUUUUAUUUU